AUGCCCAACAGCAGCUCCAUCAGCGAGUUCCUCCUCCUGGCAUUUGCAGACACACGGCAGCUGCAGCUCCUGCACUUCUGGCUCUUCCUGGGCAUCUACAUGGCUGCCCUCCUGGGCAACGGCCUCAUCAUCAUAGGCAUAGCCUGCGACCACCGCCUGCACACCCCCAUGUACUUCUUCCUCCUCAACCUCGCCCUCCUCGACCUGGGCUGCAUCUCCACCACCCUCCCCAAAGCCAUGGCCAACGCCCUCUGGGACACCAGGGACAUCUCCUAUGCUGGAUGUGCUGCACAGUGCUUUCUGUUUGUCUUUCUGAUGUCAGCAGAAUAUUCCCUUCUCACUGUGAUGUCCUAUGACCGCUACGUUGCCAUCUGCAAGCCUCUGCACUAUGAGACCCUGCUGGGCAGCAGAGCUUGUGCCAGCAUGGCAGCAGCUGCCUGGGGCAGUGGGGUCCUCAAUGCCGUGCUUCAAACUGCUAACACAUUUUCACUUCCUGUCUGCCGAGGCAAUGCUGUGAAUCAGUUCUUCUGUGAAAUCCCCCAUCUCCUCAAGCUCUCCUGCUCCAUCUCCCACCUCAGGGAAAUUUGGGCUACUGUAGUUGGUGUCUCUUUAGCAUUUGGGUGUUUUGUUUUCAUUCUUUUCUCCUAUGUGCAGAUCUUCAGGGCUGUGCUGAGGAUGCCCUCUGAGCAGGGACAGCACAAAGCCUUUUCCACAUGCCUCCCUCACCUGGCUGUGGUCUCUCUGUUUGUCAGUGCUGGUUUCUUUUCCUACCUGAAGCCCUCCUCCAUUUCCUUCCCAUCCCUGGAUCUGGUGUUGGCAGUUCUGUACUCUUUGGUUCCUCCAACCUUGAACCCUAUCAUCUACAGUGUUAGAAACAAGGAUAUCAAGUGUGCAGUUAGGAAAGUCACUUCACAUGUUUCUGAAUUGUCAUCACUUUACUCACAUUUUUUGCCAUCUUUAGUGUCAUUUGCAGUUAUUGUUCUCUGA